CCUUAAGACCGUCUCUCCCCGCAUCGUCAGUCUCAAUGUCCCCUCGUCCUCCCCUUUUCCUUUGCCUUCGUUGUACCGUUCCCCAACCACCCUGAUCCCACCCCGCCGAACACUAUGCAGAUUAAAACCUCCGAUCACAGCCUCAGGGCGAUCGUCGACAAAUUUCGCCCGGAUGUCAGAAUCUUCGAAGGCAUCUAUCGUCAACUACACAACUCCCCGGAACUGUCCGGCCAGGAAAAGGAGACAUCCGAGCUGGCAGCGAACUUUCUGAAAAAGCUGGACUUCGAAGUACACACUCAUAUCGGUGGUUAUGGCGUCGCAGGUGUUCUUCGGAAUGGAGCCGGCCCUACCGCCCUGUUGCGCGCCGACAUGGACGCCUUGCCCCUGCCCGAGAAGACCGGAUUGCCGUACGCAAGCCAUAAAAUUGUCAAGGACAAGGACGGGGUGGAACGGCCGGUGAUGCACGCCUGUGGGCAUGAUUUCCACGUCGUAGGCCUCCUGGGCUGUGCUCAGCUCUUGCAUGCGGCCCGUCAGUAUUGGUCGGGCACCCUGAUUUGCAUCUUCCAGCCGGCCGAGGAGCAAUUGUCGGGCGCCCAGGCCAUGAUCGACGACGGGCUAUAUGAGAAGAUCCCGAAACCGGAUGUCGUUCUGGCCCAGCAUGUCAUGCGACAGCGGUCGGGAACGGUCACCGUCCGGCCUGGCCGGUUAUUGACGGCGGCCGAUGCGUUCGAUGUUCGGAUCUACGGCCGUGGCGGACACGGCUCAGCCCCCCAGACAUGCAUCGAUCCCAUUGUCAUUGGCGCGUCGAUCGUGACCCGGCUGCAGUCGGUCGUCAGCCGGGAGGUGAUACCCGGGGAAUUGGCCGUCGUGAGCUGCGGUAGCAUCCAAGCCGGCAGCACGGCGAAUAUCAUUCCCAGCCAUUUGGAUCUGAAACUCGGGGUCCGGACUUACGACGCGAAGGUGCGGGAGCGGGUGAACUCGGCCAUCAAGCGCAUUAUUGAGGCCGAAUGUGAGGCCGGAGGCGCGGUCCAGAAACCGUCGAUCACAUGCACCCAUUCUUGCCCCGCGACGAUUAAUGAUGGCGAAAUGGUCAAGGCCUUGAAGGGUAGCUUUGAAUCGUACUUUGCGGACAAUUUGGUCGACGACGAGCCCGCCGCGGCCAGUGAAGACUUCUCGAUUCUGGCGACAGCGGCGGGAGCCCCGUACGUGAUGUGGACGUUCGGCGGUAUCGACCCCAGCACCUGGGACAACGCGGUAGCUAAGGGAACUGUGGAUGAGCUGCCGAGCAACCACUCGCCUUUCUUUGCUCCAGUUGUCGAACCGACAGUGCAAGUUGCCGUGGAUGCCAUGUCUGUCGGCGCAUUGACAUUCCUCAAGCAAGCAUAUUAAUUGCGGCCACAUGCGCCAGAGUAGGAGCCGGUGUUCGGCGACGUCAAUCUGUAUAUAAUAACUUGAUGGAG